UAUUUCAUUUCAUUAUAUUUAAUAUAACUUCCGCCACACACUUUGACGGAAGGAUCCGCCCUCAAUUAUAUAUUAUAUAAUUAUGUAUCCUCUGGUAUUUGGAACUGACAGCCAUGGAAUGCUGUUAGCUAUGCAUGUUUUGGUCAGGGGGUUAGCCACAAGAUAAGCAUGUGGUAAGAAAAUGUUUCGACAUGACAUUGAAUGUGAUGAAUUUAGUGUUCUAACUCGAUCGGGGUUAGCCUAGCUAACGCGAGACAACAAGGUAAAGAUGAUUCUAAUUAAAGUCUGAGACGGUGUAAACCCAUUUAUCUUUUUCACCUGCGUCGUUAUGAGUCGAACCCUGUUUACCUGUGAAGACCCGGCUGUUUGGAGAGGAGUGGAGGCAGAAUACUGGGCAGUGGUGGAGGCAAAGUCCCUUGUCAAGGGCAAGAAGUCAGGAAAGCUGCUUACCCUGGACAGAUGGUUUCAGCUGGAGCUGCCUGAAGCUAUUGCAAAGCGACCUGAUAGAUACAUCACCCUUCCAGAGUUGGUGAAAGUGAUGGAGUGGAAACUGACCAGGGGGAAAUUCCGUCCCCGCCUGCAGCAGUUGGUGGCCACCAACGCCGAUGACGUGGUGGAGAGGUGUUCCAGGAAGGCCUUCACCCUGCUGCCUGAUGUCCUGGCAGCCAUUACCGAGCUCAGCUCCCUCAAAGCCCUGGGUCCAGCCACCGCGUCAGCUGUGUUGGCAGCAGGAGCUCCGGAAGAGGCAGCCUUUAUGGCUGACGAGGCCGUGGAGAGUGUGCCUGGACUGGGGCCCAUCCAGUACGCUGCUAAGCACUACGCGCUCUACUUGAGCAAGGUGACUGAGCGCACAAAAGCUCUUAACAAAGCGGACAGCCAGUGUGACUGGACUCCCCAUAGGGUGGAGCUGUGUUUGUGGGCAUGGGCAGUAGCCAAUCAGCUGCAACUUCCACUAGUAAGGGACUUCAAUCUGAAGGCCAGCCUCAAUGAUACCUCAGAUUCCGACACCGACCACAGACCAACCAAGAAACAGAAGACCAAGUAGCCUGUACAUUUUCCCGCCUCAUCAUUGUUAAACCUUUGCAAAAUGUUGUCUUCUGCUGUACAGUAUGUAUACUUCAUGUGCCUUUAAAUACCAAAGUAAAUAUUUGAAAUUAAGUAUCCAUUGUUAUAAUUUAUGUAUCUAAUCAACAUUCCCCACAUUGUAUCACCUAAUUAGACGUAUUGUCUUUUUAUUGGCAGUUAACCCUACCAUGGUAAAUACAAUCGACCUUUCACUUAACAAACACAAAAGGUCUGCCCUGCAAGUGGAACAGUAGAGGCCUUGCCACAGUAUCGUUCUUUAUUUGUUUUGUUUCGAAAUUAAAGCAAGUACAAUGACCAGUACAAAAUAAAACAAAAUAUGUACAAUA